CUCACCUGAACUCCGUCUCUAUAAAUAAAACCUCACCCCAUUCCCAAAACUAAACCCAAAAAAUUCUGCCAAAUCAUGUGCGAAAGUUUCAGGCUCAAGUACCAGUUGUCCGAAGAAAUCGGCCGUGGGAAAUUCGGCACCGUCUACCGCUGCUUUUCUCCACUCUCCGGUGAAUCUUACGCCUGCAAAUCCAUUCAGAAGAAUCUCCUCAUCGACACCACCGAUCGGGAGUGCUUAGAGAAGGAGCCCAAGAUUCUUCACAUCCUCUCCGGGGGCCCCAACAUUCUCCGUCUCAUCGACGUCUACGAGGACGACAAUUACCUCCACGUCGUCACCGAGCUCUGCACCGGAGGGGAUCUUUACGAGCGGCUGGUGUCCCGUGGCCCUUUGUCGGAACCGGAGGCGGCCGGGAUUUUCCGGCAGCUGAUGACCGCGAUUACCCAUUGCCACCUCUCCGGGAUUGCCCACCGGGAUGUGAAGCCGGACAAUGUUCUGUUCGAUUCGCAGGGGAACUUGAAGCUCGCGGAUUUCGGAUCGGCGGAGUGGUUCGGAGGGUACGAGGAUAGGAUGAUGACGGGGGUGGUGGGGACGCCGUACUACGUCGCGCCGGAGGUCUUGAUGGGCCGGGAUUACAACGAGAAGGUUGACGUGUGGAGUGCGGCGGUGAUUUUGUACAUAAUGCUGGCCGGAGCGCCGCCUUUUUACGGGGACACACCGCCUGAGACGUUUGACGCGGUGUUGAGGGCAAAUUUGAGAUUUCCACCCAGGAUCUUCCGGUCUGUUUCGCCGGAAGUUAAAGAUCUGCUCAGAAAGAUGAUGUGCAAGGAUGCUUCUAGACGCCUGUCUGCAGAACAAGUGUUAAGGCACCCAUGGGUGAUGAAUGGAGGGGUAAUGGGAGAUCAGAUAUAGCCUCAGACAGUUGAAUGUAUUAAAACAUAUGUACAAAGACCAACCAACCCUAGCCAAUCCUUUCUGUGAUCAAUGUUGAUAUGCAGUAAUGCAGAAGAUGAAAGAAGAUGAAGAAUGAUAGAGAGAACCCCCAGUAGUUCAGAAGGGGCUUUCUCCUCAUAUCUCAUCCAAUGAGAGUCCUUAGGAGGAAGGAUGUAACAUAUUAAGCGCAAUGAAAGGACUCUUUAUAUGAAUAUACAUAAAUAAAGGUUUGUUUUGUAUAAAUUAUGUGGUCUCCAUGUACCAUAUGAUCUCCUAAAAUCCUGUGCAGGGUUUGUGCAGGAGUAUUAUGUUGGUGUUAGUUACAAUCUUUUCAAAUUUUGCCAAAUAUCAUGUAGAUUGAAGAGAUAAAGUUUAUGUUUGUUGUACAGACUUUCUUGUUUUUUUUUUUAUUUCAAAAGUACAUUCCCUUCA